AUGACUGCUUUGGUUGCAACAACAAGUGCGUCGGCGCCUGACGCUUGUGGUUUUGGUUAUUAUUCAAGCCUUAGUAGUUUGGUUGCCACCUAUGCUCCGGCUCGAAGCUGGUGCAAUGCAAGAUACCAUCAGCAACCAUAUACAACGGAGAUUACAGUAACAAAGGCUGCAACUGUGACAAUUGAGGUCACGCCCACGCCUGGUGCCCCAGAAGCCUCGGUUCUUACCGUCACUGAAACUGAGACUGAGUUCGCCACACCAACUACGAUAACAAGAAAAGAGUUCCCUACUCUGAGUGAAACAAUAACUAGUGUGGUCACUACCACAUCUAUCAAGAGUGAAGCCGCGGAGAUAGUCACAUCGACAGCCACUGUCUGUCCCGCCACGACAUCUACAGGUGUGUUAAAGAGGUGGGUGUAUAAGCAUGGCGGCAAGAAACCACCUUCCAAGCCAUCCCGUGAAACGGAUCAAAGACAACCUUCAUACGACAAUAAUCAUGGAUACUUGGGUGGAUUUGGCACGUAUCAUGGCGGAAGUGUCGUUGUUAUCAACCCAUCCGAGAGCGCUACUCUGGAUCCUACCCUUUGCUCUUGCAUUAUUGGGGUCACAAAGACAGUCACAACUACAUCCACGGGUGCAGCCUUUACAACUACCUUGACUGCUACACUACGGCCAAUGGAUCCAGCAGUUUCAACAACCACGGCAACUACGCGAACGACGAUAAGGAGAGUAGUAAUCACCACUUUAGUCUCGACAGUAACACUUAGAACUACAACCACCAACACAAUCUCCACCACUGUUACCACAACGGUGCCGAUUGCUACCGUAACGAGCUCAGAAUUCACAAUGGAGGCCCCCAGUGGAGGCGGUUGUGGCUGUCCAUUCGCUGUCCAGUGCCAAAUGGCCUUGCUAAGUUUCGACCUCGACGGGAUACGGCCCGCAACAAACUAUGCAGAGUGCAUUGAUAUCUGCAACCACAUACAGGAGUGUGUCGCAGCUGAAUUCUUUAAUGGAGGCUCCUGUAUCACAUACUAUGAGUCUUCCUUUCUUAUUGACGAUCCCGAUCGAGUCUUGGCAGUGAAGCAAGUGGAUGGCAGCUGCAAUCAAUUCUCUGAUACAUGCAUCUACGAUGGUCCCUGA